UAUUUUAUUUUUUUUGUGUGUACACUUUUAGUUUUAUUGUAACAAAGCAACUUGUACACUUUUAACGUUUAAAACUGAGCAUCAUCUUUCCUUUCCAGUAAAACAGAAAGAAAAAUUUAAAAAUAAACAGGAACAAAAUUACAAUAGAGAAAUGUCAAUUGAAAAUAAGAUCCUACAGGUUCUGCUGAUUCUCCCAUCAAGUGGCAGGGCUCAAGUCAUCAUUAGGAGAGAAUUUUAUUUUAAAAGUGUCAUCUUAAACUGCAAGGAUGUCCGUUAAACAUCACAAUUAAACAUGCCAAAGGAGAAGCCAUGUUGUCAAAAUGCCCACUUAACCCACCCAACAUCUCAAACCCACCCAUUGCUGACCUUCUAUAACCCCAUUUUUUUAAAGUUUUUUUUUUUCUUUUUCUAAACAAGAGAAAGUAGACAGAUACAUGUUGGUAAAUGCUAACUGUCCAUAUUCACAUAGAGACACAGUGUAAUCUCUGAGCCCAAUAUACAGAGAAAGGAGGAAAAAAGCUAGAAUUCUAUGCACUACUACACAGGGGCCUAGCACCCUCCAGCUUCCAGCAGAGCUAAGGGAGCAGAAGGUUUUUCUUUUUUUCCCACAGAGCAUGGUGGUGUUGAUUCCAUAGUUUUUGUUGAGACAGGAAGGGAUAAAAAUGAAUUUGAGACAGAAAGGGGUAGAGAUACUUUUCCCACUGAAUUCUUCUCAAGAUAUUUUCCCCUCCCCCCCAAAUAAGUUGUGAACCAUGGUAUAAAGGAGAAAAGAGACCUCAAAAACAGGGCAACUGAGCACAAGAGGAGCACAAAAAAAAAAAAAAAAAAAAAAAGACUGCAACUUGCUCCCAGGGACUGGAGAAAAUUAAAAAAGGUUGGAAACCAUCAGUGUUCCAUUAGUCAUCUUUUCCUUCAUCUUCCACUCCUUCCUCCCCCUCAUCAUCUUCAUCUUCUUCACCUUCAUCCUCAUCCCCUUCUUCAUCAAUAUCUUCCAAUCCUUCCUCCUCUUCAUCAUCGUCGUCGUCCUCUUCUCCUUCCCCUUCCUCAUCAUCCAUGUCAGGAACCAAGUAGUACUGUAAUGGAUUUGGCUAAAUAUCAUCUUUGAUGACCUCUCCUAAUUCAUCUGCACCUGCAUCAGAAUGAUCAGUAAACCAGGUGAAGAAGCUUUCUGGUUCCUCAUGCUGUCUCUUCCUGCUGGCUUUAUUCUGUGUUUGACUUGAUCAUUUCAUCAAAUCCUUUCCAGAUUUCCAUUUGAUUUCAGUGGACUUUGAAGAUGGAUCACCACUCUCAUUCAGAUGAAAUUCUUUGGAGAGAAUUUUAUUUUCAAAGUAAGAGUUUUCAUCAAAAUAAAAAUCUAUUCUGUAACCUGAUUUAAUGUCUUCAAAUUCUGUCACUUCAACUCUUGUCAAAUAAUGCAGCGCCUCUUCAUCCUCCUCCCCAAGCAGUGCAGACACUUGUGGAUGGUUAACAAAUGUUGUUACCCCAAAAUUGGGGAUUUUGGGGAUCAAUUCUGACCUCUUCUGAAAAAAUGGUUGGCGGAUUUUGUUAUAUUUCUGUUCUACUUUCAAAAUCUCCUCACUGGCUUGUUCAUUAAGUCUGUCUAUUUCAUUUUGUACUUCAUCAAUAUGUUCAAUUGCUUCUUGCUGUUCUUUUUCUUCCUUUGGCAAAUUUGAAGAAGCAGAUGCCUCGUCUGGCCUGGAGGCAGGAGUCAGCCUGGCUUUCUUCAGUUUCUUCGCUUGGGGUGGAAGAGAAGACUGGUGUUUGGGGGCCAUGCUGGGGAAAAAAAGCCAAGAACCCUCCCAGGAGAAGAAAGAGGAACUGCGAGCUCAGAGAACUCCCCACUUUAUUUCUGAGUCCUUUUUUCUUUAUUCUUCUGUGGCACCGCUCCCUCAGGUCCCAGCCAUGCCCAGCCUCAGAGUAUGCUCUGAAGAGGCAGCAGUGGAGCUCUCAGUUCCUGGACCAUCCCCUUGGGCCCCUAGAGCCCAGUCCUGUGUGGAGUGAUGCUCCUGCCAAGACCCACCCUGGAUCUGCACUUCACGGUUCCCUCUGUUAUGACGCUGAGCCAGGAGCCACCUCCCCUCACCAGCAGCCAGGCUGGGACACCAGGACUAAGGGCCAGGAGUUUGUUCAGAAGGAAGACACUUCUGAGGACUUGGAAUCACAGGUAGAAAUAUCAGACAGCUCUGGCAGUGAUGCUCCACAGACACCUGAGCUUGGAGGACUCCGUGGUGGUGUAGAAGAAAGGGACUGGGGGGUCCUUGAGGACGAGAGGCAGGUGCACCACCCUCACCCGGAGGGGGCCUUCACUCUAGUGCAGAUGCUUCUCAGGAGCCCCUCAGGAGCGGGAGAGGUGGACUGUGGUGAAAUCAAGAGCAGCUGCAGCCGGAGCCCAAGCCCAGUGGAGUGUCAGGGGCCUCCUGCAGUGGGGAGGCCCCAUCCAUGUGGCAUACAGAGCCUGCCCUGCAGCCUGGACCUGCCCAGCUGCACAGGACUUCAUGUGGCCGAAAGCCCGUUCAUAUGCAGCGAGUGUGGGAAAACCUUCCAAGGAGACUCCGAUCUUACUCAGCAUCAGACAGUGCACCCUGGACACAAGUCCUUCAUCUGUAACGAGUGUGGAAGGCUCUUUAGCACACACACAGUCUUCCUCCAGCACCAGCUCACCCACCAUGGGGAGAAGUUGCAUGUAUCUUCUGAGUGUGGGAAGGCCUUCUGCCAGAGCCUCAGCCUUAAAAAGCCCCAGAAGUCCCAUGUGAGCGAGAAGCCCUACGAAUGCAGUGAGUGCGGGAAAACCUUCAGGCGCAGCUCCAACCUCACCCAGCAUCAGAGAAUCCACUCUGGCGAGAAGCCGUAUGUGUGUCAUGCCUGUGGGAAGGCCUUCAGGCGCAGCUCCAACCUUGUCAAGCACCAGAGGGUCCACACAGGGGAGAAGCCCUUUGAGUGUACUGAGUGUGGCAGGGCCUUCAGCCAAAGCUCACACGUGAGGAAGCACCAGAGAGUCCAUAGUGGGGAGAGGCCUUACUCAUGUAGUGAGUGUGGCAAGCCCUUCAGCCGGGUGUCCAACCUCAUCAAACACCACAGGGUCCACACGGGGGAGAAGCCCUACAAGUGCAGUGACUGUGGGAAGGCCUUCAGCCAGAGCUCGAGCCUCAUCCAGCACCGGAGGAUCCACACCGGGGAGAAGCCUCAUGUGUGUGCUGUGUGUGGCAAGGCCUUCAGCUACAGCUCGGUGCUCCGAAAGCACCAGAUCAUCCACACAGGGGAGAAGCCGUAUGCGUGCGGCGUCUGUGGGAAGGCCUUCAGCCACAGCUCUGCACUCGUGCAGCACCAGGGUGUGCACACGGGCGACAAGCCCUACGAGUGCCGCGAGUGUGGAAAGACCUUUGGCCGCAGCUCCAACCUCAUCCUGCACCAGCGGGUCCACACGGGAGAGAAGCCCUAUGAAUGCACUGAGUGCGGGAAAACCUUCAGCCAGAGCUCAACUCUCAUUCAGCAUCAGAGGAUCCACAACGGGUUGAAACCCCACGAGUGUAACCAGUGUGGCAAAGCCUUCAACCGGAGCUCCAACCUCAUCCACCACCAGAAGGUCCACACUGGAGAGAAGCCCUACACCUGCGUCGCAUGUGGGAAGGGCUUCAGCCAGAGCUCGCACCUCAUUCAGCACCAGAUCAUCCACACGGGCGAGAGGCCCUAUCAGUGUGGUCAGUGUGGGAAGUCCUUCAGCCAGCGCUCCGUUCUCAUCCAGCACCAGCGGAUCCACACGGGGGUGAAGCCCUACGACUGCACGGCUUGUGGAAAAGCCUUCAGCCAGCGCUCCCACCUGCUGCAGCACCAGAGGACGCACACUGGGGAGAGGCCCUAUGUGUGCGGUGUGUGUGGCAAGGCCUUCAGCCAGAGCUCAGUGCUCAGCAAGCACAAGAGGAUCCACACGGGCGAGAAGCCCUAUGCGUGCCAUGAAUGUGGAAAGGCCUUUCGAGUGAGUUCGGAUCUCGCUCAGCAUCACAAGAUACACACAGGGGAGAAACCACACGAGUGUCUCGAAUGCCGCAAGGCCUUCACGCAGCUCUCGCACCUCCUGCAGCACCAGCGCAUCCACACUGGCGAGCGGCCAUACGUGUGCGGUGUGUGUGGCAAGGCCUUCAACCACAGCACGGUGCUGCGCAGCCACCGGCGGGUGCACACGGGGGAGAAGCCACACGAGUGUGCAGAGUGUGGUCGCGCCUUCAGCGUGAAGAGGACCCUGCUCCAGCACCAGCGGGUGCACACCGGGGAGAAGCCCUACGCUUGCGGCGAGUGUGGCCGCGCCUUCAGUGACCGCUCUGUCCUCAUCCAGCACCACAGCGUGCACACUGGCGAGAAGCCGUACGAGUGUGGUGAGUGCGGCAAAGCCUUCCGGCACCGCUCCACCCUCCUGAACCACGAGCGCAUCCACACGGAGGAGAAGCCCUACGGCUGCUACGCCUGCGGCAAGGCCUUCGUGCAGCACUCCCACUUGACCCAGCACCAGCGGGUCCACACUGGGGAGAAGCCCUACGUGUGCAGCGAGUGCGGCCAUGCCUUCAGUGCCCGCAGGUCCCUGGUCCAGCACCAGCGGGUCCACACCGGCGAGCGGCCCUUCCGCUGUGCACAGUGUGGCAAGGCCUUUAGCUUGAAGGCCACGCUGAUUGUGCACCUGAGGACCCACACGGGCGAGAGGCCUUACGAGUGCAGCCGUUGCGGCAAGGCCUUCAGCCAGUACUCGGUGCUCGUGCAGCACCAGCGCAUCCACACAGGCGAGAGGCCUUACGAGUGUGGGGAGUGCGGCCGCGCCUUCAACCAGCACGGCCACCUCAUCCAGCACCAGAAGGUGCACAGGAAGCUGUGACCUUGCCUGCAUGUGAAGCCACACUUGGGAACUCGGGAAGCCCUGGGAAGCCUCCAGUCCGGGCGAAGCCCCUGCCAGUGACACCCAGUGUCACCGAGGAACUCACGGGCAGCACUGAAGCGUCUCUGGAAGAACUUCAGAGGAUGCCUCAUUUGCUUCUCUCACCGUCUUGAAGUCACGUCGCAGAGUAGUUUCACAGUGGUAGUGAGUUUUGCAGACGUGAAGGUGGCCCUACUUGCUCGGAAGUUCUCCCCGCUCCUGUACUUGGUCUCAGCUGCCGAUGGUACCAGUGUUGUGAAGGUAAUAGGAGACUGCAGAGGCGGUCUAGUGAGGUGGGGAAGGCCUGGUGCUGAUGUUUCUGGGGAAGUGGUAGAGAAGUGGCUGACUGCAGGGCUGUUGGUGAGGACAGGCAUUGCUGAGGGGUCCUGGUGAGCACGUGGUGACAGGAAGGAGUCAUUGUGAGUGUCGACAGUAGGGGAGGUGAUGGUUUGGGUCUGGUGAAGAAAACGCAUAUUGACCAGCAUGGAGUCAGGGGAUGGGGAAAAGGUGAUGAUUUUAGGGUGGAGUAUUGUGUGGACAAGUGAUGACGAUGGGCCAGUGGGUACAGGGCAGGCAAAGUCCCAGCCACUGGUGCCCAUAGCCUUAUUUUCCUUCCCACCACCCCAGCUCUUCAAUGAUGCACUUCGACUAGCUGUGUCUUACAAAUAGAACUCCCGGGACCUCAUGGACAAGGUUUUGCAGGAGCUUGAGGUAGGUCCAGCACAAGUGUCAGCCGGCAUGGAGAAAAUGGAUUCUCUCCAUAGGGGUGCAGUGCAGAAGCCAGUAGACUGACUUUGCAGGCAGAACAUGCUCAUUGUGGGCAUGGCCCCUAGAGGUGUCGGAGCUACAACUGGGCAAAUGCAAGGCCAGGCCUCACCUGCUGCCUGUUCACAGAACACUGACUUGGAACAGAAGGAGGAGGAUGUGCCAGACAGAGCAGCAUGGCCACAUCCAGAGCCCUUCUCCCUCCUGAGCCACAGGAGGCCUCUCCACGGCCCACCUGGUGGAGGGGGGCCGUUCAGAAGACCCCUCCCUUGAGAAUCCUUCAGCUCUCAGUUGAGACAGACCUCCAGGCUGUCCCCUGCUCUACCUCCUACAAACCCAGCUGUCCUGGUUGCACCGCCCUCCCCUCCACCCCCCCACUUCCAUGGCCUGUGAAACCUGACCUUCCACAUGGUUCCCUCCCCUGUGGGUCGGCGUCAGAACAUGCCACUAACAGGUGUAAGGCCCAUAACAGACCCUGAAGCCAAAUUAGGGAUGGACCCUCCAGGCCUGUGGGACAGUAAAGAGAAUCAGGGAAUAUUCUAAAAGGAUCUUUAGGUGUCUUAUUUCUCCCCCUCUGAGAACUGAUGUCAGGGCCUAUUCAUUGCAUUUCCACCAGGGGGUUGGUUUCUGAUUCCUGACUUUUUCCUUUUUAAUCUCUCAACUAAGCCAAUCAUUUUAAGAAAAUGAUUUUGAACGGAGAGCUGUUUGUUCCAUAAGUUUUUGUAGAACUCUUCUGGAUACGGCCAGUACAUUGAUGAACAGCGAGGCCAAGAUCACAGGCCCAAGUUUGCUAGUGAAAGCAGGUUCCUGGUCUGUCCAUACACAAUAAUAUACAAACGUCAUUGUGAACAUCAAGGGUCAGUAAAGGCACAUCACAGGCAUUUGCAUUAUAAGAAAUUGACUUUAGGAAAACUUAUUUAAAAAACCCAUAUUUCAACAUAAGAGGCUUUUCUUCAUUUUUCUGAGGACUAGUGUGGACACUAGCUCCUUGGGUGGCAGGGCUGCUAAGAACUGUCAUGCUGCCUUUUCCAUUUAUCUCCAGGACUUGUCGCUCACUAGAAUGCUUUUAUGAUCAUCUUGUACAUCAUUUCCAUUAAAAAUUUUUUAAAAUUUAUAAUAAAGGUUGAAUUACAUAAA